AUGAGGUUACAGACGUGGACAUUUACCCUCAUACUUGGGAUCAAGCAUUCUUCUGCUUUACAGGUCCCAUUCUUCACCCAGCCUGAGUCUAAUGGGCCUCCUAAGCUCAUUUCUAGCGAUACGGAUCAAUAUGUUGAAAGUCUUAUCAGCAAAUGGAACUCCAGUGGGCUAUCAGUCGCUGUUGUACAAAGGGACGAAACAUCAACUACUGGCUGGAAUUUUGACUUCGGAGGGUACGGGAUGGCAAAGGCCGACGGAUCACCCGUCACACCUGAUUCUCUCUUUGCAAUCGCGUCAAAUAGCAAACUUUUUCUCGCCUUCUCUGUUGGUUUGCUCAUUUCCAAUAAGACUCUAACGGAGGAGAGAGGCCAAGAACUCAAAUGGUCGACUAAAAUACGCGAUUUGAUUCCAGAGUGGGGGUUGAUGGACGACGAUAUGGAUCGAGGAGUCAGCCUGCAGGAUAUGCUAUCUCACAGGACAGGUAUGCCUAGACAUGACCUUUCUGGCGUUCAAAGGAACGGUGGUGUAGCUGAGAUGAUAUCUACGUUGCGCUACCUUAGGCCGUCUGCUGAGUUUCGGGAAACGUUUCAGUACAAUAACUUGAUGUACGAGACUUUAUCGUACCUUCCACAGGUUCUUCUCAACCAGACAUAUGAAUCCUAUAUCUCUCAACAUCUUUUCAACCCCCUGAAUAUGACAUCCUCCACUUAUUCGGUCGAAGAAGCCGAAGCAUGGGGCACGCUUGCCGACGGUUUCCAAUGGGACAUGCAGGACACCAUCCGAGGAAUUAACGGGACGCGCAUUGCUACUGUCCCAUACUUCCAAAGGCCUGGCGAAGAGAAAACAUGGGCAGGAGCGGGAGGAGUACUCACGUCUGCCCGGGAUUUGGCUAUUUGGGUCGCCAUGCUACUCAAUGGAGGACGCCAUCCCUUUACCAAUGAAACGGUUAUUCCGCAGGAGGUUGUAGAACAUGUUGCACAUGGGCGUUCAGUCUCUCAUGGAAAGCCUCAGUACCCAGAACUGAGUCCCAAAGUUUACGGCGCUGGACAGUGGAGAUAUUCAUAUAGAGGCCACGAUAUCAUCGAACACGGAGGUAGCAAUCCUGGGUACAAAACGCAAGUUGCACGAUUUCCGGAUAACAACUUCGCAAUAAUCACACUCUCAAAUGACGAGAGAGGAGGAAACGCCAUUAGCGAAUCUGUCAAGUUCCGCAUAGCUAAUGAGCUGCUCGGGCUUCCUCAUCUAGAGAAGGAUUGGAAUGAUAGACUUGAAGAUAAGUACAACGAAGCUGUCAACAAGUCGCAGCAAGUGACUCCUCGCCCCUCUCCUCCAGUCUUACCCAACCUCCCAUUUACCUCUCUGGCAGAAAAGACGUUCCAUCAUCCGACAUAUGGAUCCCUCAAACCUUGUCUCGCGCCUCAAACCGUAUCUUCGAUUGCAGGACAGACAGAACCACAUCGGCCUCAUUCCCACUGUGGUGACUUCCUUCAAUCAACCGCCGUCCAACGCAUUUUGGGCGCGUCUGAUUUGUCCAUCCCUACAUAUGUUAUACCUUGGAAAAGAUCAUUCAGCACACACCUCCGCUUGGCCCACUUCACUGGAAACAUUUUCAAUCUUACCAAUCUCUGGUCAAAUGCUGAUGUCCGUGAACGGGAAGGGUAUAAGUCUGGAGCGGACCUGCUGACAGGGUUUGAAGAAGCCUUCGAAGUUGAGUGGGUAACAGGGGAUGACGAAGGUCUUGCAUUCCGAGGUGGUUUCUGGGGUAGGGAAGGACCGGACUCCCGAUCCCCUGAAGGAUCUGGGAAAGCAAGCGCCGAGGUAUGGUUUGAGGCACAAUAG